AUGGCUAAAACUACAAUCAUCAUCUCAGAUUUGACAAAACCAGAUCUUUUAAAAGUGUCAGUCACUAUAAAGCAAUACUUGAUAACAUUUCAAAAACAACACAACAUAUCAGAGAAUGAACUAGUGGAAAAUUGGUCAGAAUUACCUACUUUAAGUAGAUUAGUUAUCAUAUUUACAAAAGAAGAAUACACACAAGAGAUAUAUACACAUUUGAAAACUUCAUUACCAAGUAAUAAAAUCCAUUUAAGUGAAUCUCUUUUAAGAAGACAUAAAUCAUUUGACUCACAACUUCAUGCACCAUCAAAUCUUGAACAACAACAAUCAUUACUUUAUGAAGAACCAAAACCAAUGAGUACCGGUGUUGUAAAACUACAAGAGAAUCAAGCACCAAGAACGUUGUUCAAACCAGAUUUAACAUUAGAUACUAAUCAAAUAAAUAUUCAAGGCUCACUAGACCCAUCAUCAAGAGAAAGAUCUCCAAGAUCUCCAACUAUAACAUUAGAAGAAUGUACAAAAACUACAUCAAUUUAG